AUGUGCACUUGGAUUUGGAAGACCGCCUAGCGAAGUUUAUGAAGACAGAAGAAGCCAUUAUCUACUCAUACGGAUUUGCCACCAUUGCCAGUGCUAUCCCUGCCUACUCUAAGAGAGGGGACAUUGUGUUCGUAGAUAGAGCUGCUUGCUUUGCCAUUCAGAAAGGGCUGCAGGCGUCGCGGAGUGACAUCAAGUUGUUUAAGCACAAUGACAUGGCUGACCUGGAGCGUCUACUAAAAGAACAAGAGAUGGAAGAUCAAAAGAAUCCUCGCAAGGCUCGGGUCACACGACGUUUCAUUGUAGUGGAAGGGCUGUAUAUGAACACUGGAACUAUUUGUCCUCUUCCAGAACUGGUUAAGUUAAAAUACAAAUACAAAGCAAGAAUCUUUCUGGAGGAAAGCCUUUCGUUCGGAGUUCUGGGGGAGCAUGGUCGAGGAGUCACUGAACAUUUUGGAAUCAGUAUUGAUGACAUUGAUCUUAUUAGUGCCAACAUGGAGAAUUCCCUCGCUUCUAUUGGAGGUUUCUGCUGUGGCCGAUCUUUUGUGAUUGACCAUCAGAGACUUUCCGGCCAGGGGUACUGCUUUUCAGCUUCGUUACCCCCGCUGUUGGCUGCCGCUGCCAUCGAGGCUCUCAACAUCAUGGAGGAGAAUCCAGGUAUUUUUUUAGUGUUGAAGGAAAAGUGCGAACGAAUUCAUAAAGCUUUACAAGGCAUCUCUGGGUUAAAAGUGGUGGGGGAGUCCCUUUCUCCAGCAUUUCACCUGCAGCUAACAGACAGCACUGGGUCUCGAGAAAAAGACGUUAAACUACUUCAGGAGAUUGUAAAUCAUUGCAUGGACAGAAGCAUCGCAUUAACCCAGGCACGCUACCUGGAGAAAGAAGAGAAGUGCCUCCCUCCUCCAAGCAUUAGGGUUGUGGUCACAGUGGAGCAAACAGACGAAGAACUGGAGAGAGCCGCGCGCACAAUCAAGGAGGUGGCCCAGGCUGUGCUGCUCUAGGCCGGGUCCUAGGGCCAGGCGGGCAGCCGCCCCGCAGCACACGCACAGGCCUCUGCGUCGCUGCCUUGUGACCUGGGAGAGCCCUGCGGGUACC